AUGGGGGAGGAACGAUCACCGGCGUCGGACGGCCGUUUAUUGGCGGAUUUGGCGGAGAAGGGUACGGAGGUUGAGCAGUUAAAGAAGCAGUUGAAGGACCGUGACCGCGAGCUUGAGAAGAUGCGGUACAACAUCAUUGUUCACAACGACCAGGUGGCUUCGCAGGCGGCAGAGGCGUCGAAAAAGAAAAAGGGUUGGUUCGGCGGCAAGAGCAAGUCUAAGAAGGUGCAGCCGGCGUAUAUUGUGACGGACGAUAACUUGGACUUACUACCGGCGAGUGCUGUGCUGCAGAGCCACUCGACUGCGGACGACCGCAAGGACUCAACGACAUCGGUUGUGCACCUGCAGCGGAUGCAGGCCAAGUACAAGGCCAAGCAGGACGAGGCAGAUGCGAAGAUCAUGGCACUGGAGCGUGAACGUAGCCACCUGGUGACGGAGGCGGAGGUGCAGAGCAAGCAGAUGAGCUCACUUACGGACAAGGUCCGAAGGCUUGAGGCCGCACACGAGGCUCUCCAGACGCAGUACAAGAUAGCACUGGAAAAAGGACCCAAUCUUUACAACAGCAACUUGGUGCUGCCCAAGGGUCCGGGCACGGAGGCUGACAAGUGGAAAAUCAUUGCACAGCAGCAAGAGGCUGCGCUCAAGUUGGAAGCCAUGAAACGCCAACAGAUUCAGGCGCAACUCGACAGCUACGUCCGUAUCCACCCCACCGGGAGCUUUAACGGCGUCAACGGCCUUGGGCUUGGUAGCCCGGGGAGUGGCGCGGACAGUGUGGAGCGGGAGCAACUUCGACAGCUGAAUUCGCAGUUGCGCGAAACGCAACAGGUGCUGGAGCAGUAUAAGAAUCGUUGCCAGGAACACGACAUCCAGGAGCGCGUGUUACAGGAUCGCGUGGACCAAUAUCGCACGGCCAUGCAGGAGAUGUCCGCCCUGUGGGAUAAAAAUGCGAAAGACAAGCGGCACGCGGCGCAGUUUUUGGGGUUGCUGAGUGAGGUGGUCGCGCAAAAUGAAUCGCUCCAGUCGGAGCUCUUUGUGGAGCGCCAGAAGUUCCGCGAGGACAGCGUCAUGAUGCAGGGCGAGAUACGCACUCUGCGCAACGGCCGGGUCGGCCGGCUUGGCGGUGAAGCGCCGCACACGCGUGUGUUUCCCUCCACACCGGAGCGGAACGUGACGGUUUUGCGUGCUGAUUCCAGCCGCGUGCCUAUCACGCACCAGCCACUGCCACUGCCGGCCGCGCCCACCUACAUCAUCCCUGCCCCCAUUCCAGCACCCAUCACAGAAGUGGUCCGCGAAGUCGUGAUCCAGCAGGCACCACCGCCGCCGCCGGUGAUUAUCUCCAGACCCGAGCCUGUCCUCCCUCCCAUCCCUGCCCUGCCCGACAUCGUGUCAGUCGAGGAAGAGCCCCCUUCACCCCCACCCCGGCCUCCUUCGCCGCCACCCCGGCCCCCUUCACCACCACCUCGACCCCCUUCGCCGCCGCCUUCCCCUCCUCCUACGCGGAUGCCAUCACCUCCACUGGCUCCGGAAAACACCGGCUACUACUAUGAAUGGGCCAACGGCCAAUAUGAACUCCGCACUGGAAUUAACCCUCGCAGAGAUCCGCGUUGCCCACCCGCCCUCGCUCCUCUAGACCCCCCAACCGACCCAGUCCUCGAGGCACAGACCAGGGCAGAUGAGCAGGCCAAGGCAGUCGCUGAAAACGCUCUCCGCAACUGGAACGCCGAUCCGCCUCCACGAAGGCCGGAAACAAACACUCUGUUUCGCAAGAUCGACGGGCCCUUGCCUUUGAAGAGAAGACCGCCACCUCCCGUGGUGGCGGCACCGACCCGGCCAGUUGCCAACCCAGCAGCUGCCGGUCGGGCAGCUGCGAACCAAGCUGCUACUGAGACCAAAAACGAGGACGUCAGAAAAGGGAAAUUAGCGGAUCAUGUGCCUCCGUUUUGCAGACCACUUGCCCAGCUGCAGGACACCGAUGAAUCAUCUCGUACGCCACCUUCUGAUCACCAACCUUCUCUCUCACAUCGGUCCUCCACGGGUCCUCGGCCGCCGGCUAGCCCACCGAGGACUACCCUGCCCUCCGUGGUUAGUUUCGAUACCAUGUUUCCCCCGCCUAUUGAGCAACCGCGAGAACCGAACAGACCAACAUCUAGCUUCCCUGAUAGACCACAGAUCCCUGAUAGACCACAUAUCCCCGACACCGAGAGGGCUAGUAAGAUGAAUUCAAAAGCUGACGCAAACACGAGCCCGGAUACCGACAUUUCUUUCACCACUGACAAGCCCCGGAAAAUAAACGCAGCCAGGCAUCCAGAGAAUCGAGUUGGCGGCAGCCAACUCACAUUUGACGUUAGUACCAAAUCAACCAAGACCGGCUCCAAAGAGCGUCCCCGAACGGGGUCCAAGGAACCAAGGCCCAAGGAACUAGGGUUCAAGAAACUGGAGUCCGAGGAACUAGGGUCGAAAGGCUCUAGGUCGAAGGAGUUGGGGUCGAAGGAUGACACCAAAUCCGGUGGGCCAGUUCGGUCUGAUCCAGUUAGCACAGUGCUACGCAACAGCGUGGCUGAGCGUGUGUCGGAACGCCCCGCGGGUCGCCGGGCUUCAGGAUCAGGACGUGUGGAGCCCGCGAAAGCUGAAUCGUCUGGCGCUCGAUUACCACAAUAUAAGUCGCCACAGUUCAGCCCCGAUCCGUUCGACGGAAAGGGGCUGGAGUCGCCGCCUCGCCAGUCGGGAUCGGCGAAGCGGCAAGCCGAGUUGGGUUCGUCCAGUACGGUGUUCGAGACCAAAGACCCGUACGGAGGGUUCUUCGGCAAACGGUUUGAUUCCAUUGAUGAAGACGACGUGCGGAAGUACUCCAUGGAGGAGCCACGACGGUACUCUGUGGAAGACAAGCGAAUACUCGAUUUUUCGGACAAGGAAGAUUUUAAGCUUCUCGAAUAG